AUGCUCUCUGCUGCAGACGGCGGCGACCUCAGCGGAUGCGGUGUCAGCACACAGCAGCAGGCCCAGCAGCCAUCCAUAGCGUCACUGGACAAGCAGCGGCGGUUGCAGGCGGUGCUGGAGGAGCAGGCGCGGCAGUGGUACGAAGAGCAGCGCGCGAGGCUGGAGGGCAUGGGCGGGGCCUGCUCCAAGGCCACACCUUUGGAGCCCAUCAGCGGCCGCAGCAGUGGCGCCGGGGUGCUUCCCCUGUCGCCCUCCACGACCCGGAUGCGCCUGGGCAGCAUGCCAGCCAGGGGUCUCCCGGGUGACAUGGCGGCUCUGGAGGAUGAAAUGCGCAUGCGGCUGGCAAUGGUUGCGGCACGCAGUGAUGAGGAUGAGGCUGUGGUGCUAUUGAGGCAGCUUCGACGCGAGGAGGACGCAGCGCGCGAGCGCGGCAGCCGUGAAACUGCACCCGGCCGUGCAAGUGUGGUGCAGUUCCAGCACGCGUGGAAGAGGCUGGGCCUGCGCAUCGGGGACGAGCAGUGCUGCGCCUUGUUUUUGCGUCACGGGUGUGACUCGCGCGGCCUCAUCGACUAUGCAGCCUUCACGGCGCAGCUGCUCGGAGAUGGCGGCGACGGGGAUGACGCUGUGGAGGCAGAGCAACGGGCGGGGCUGCAGCUGGAGUGGGUAUAUGGCUAUAACGGCCGCGAGCGCACGGCGCAGAACGCAUACUAUACUGCGCAGGGCAGAGUGGUGUACCCCGUGGCAUGCGUGGGCGUGGUGUACGAUCCCCGCAAUCACACCCAGACCUUCUUCAGGGGCCACGAUGACACGAUCCGCUGCCUCGCGCUGCACCCAGCCAAGACGCUGGCUGCCACCGGGCAGGGCUCGUCAUCAGAGGGCAAUGGGCGGCCGUGCGUGUGCAUCUGGGACACGACGGCCAGCCCGCCAUCGCAGGUGGUGCGCCUAGACCUACCCACCAGUGCAGGGCCGGCUGCCACCAGGUAA